AUGGGUUGUUUGAUGGAGAUUAUUGGUUCACGAGGUUAUAUUGAUAUGGGGAUAAGGAAGGAAGCUACAAUGGAGGAAGUGAUGUUAAAUCAUAGGAGAAGGAGGCACAGAGAACAUAUUUUUAACUUGAUAGAAGAUGAGAUAAGCAGGUGUAAGGAGAAAGCAUCAAUGGAGGAUGAUAUUGGGUUAUGGAAGCAGAAGGAAAGAGUUUUUAAAAACAAAUUCUCUACGAAGUUAACUUGGGAGAUGCUAAGAAGUAGAAGUGAGUACUGUGAGUGGCACAAAGGAGUUUGGUUUAACUAUGCUACUCCAAAAUAUGCUUUUUUGACUUGGUUAGCAAUUCACAAUAGGCUUUCAACUGGUGAUAAAAUGUUGAGUUGGGGUGGGAAUGUAAACGCUGCCUGCUCUCUUUGUGAUGCACCAAUUGAAACGAGGAAUCAUCUAUUUUUCGAGUGUAGAUAUGCUUCAAAUGUUUGGGAGAAUCUGGUUAGAGGCAUAAUGGAGGAUGAUUACACAAACGUUUGGCAGGAGCUAGUCAUGAUGUUAUCAACUAGUCAGAAGACUAUCAAGGUGUUCACGCUGAAGUAUGUUUUUCAGGCUACGAUUCAUAGAUUAUGGCUAGAAAGAAAUGGAAGAAGACAUGGUGAGGCGCCCAUUCCACCAGAUAUACUGAUUCGACAGAUUGAUAGAAUUGUUCGAAACAGGUUUUCUUCUAUUCGGCUAGUGGAAGAUAAGAAGAUGGAAGGUGGUCUGAGAUAUUGGUUCUCAACAAGACAAGGAUUUUAA